AUGCAGAAUCAUGGCAAAGAGGAAGAACACUUUCAGUUUAUGCAGCGCACAGACCGCAAGAGUCUAUACACGCAAAUUGGUUUGCUGGUGGCCAAGGCACAGCAGAUAGUGAGCGAGGAGUUGCAGGAGCGUAGCUCGCGCUUGAAGAAUAUGCUCGAGGAGGAGGAUAAGAAGUAUGAGGAGGAGUUUGCCAGCAAAGUGAAGAACCGCCUGGACGACGAGAUACGGAAUCGCCAAGAGCAACUGAAGGAGAUCAAGGAGGCGCGUGACAAACGCCACAAGGAGUUCGUCGAUGCCAAACGUAUGCAGCAGGUCAUGUUGAAUUGCUAUGAGCUCCGCGAGGCGCUGCGCCAGAAGGAUCGCGAGGACACCAGAAUCUGUCUGGAGGAACAGAUGCAGGAAAAUCAGCGUAUGAAGCGUCGCGAAUGCCAAAGAGAAAAUUAUUGGCUGCAACUCGAGCAACGUCGCUGGAAUGAGUUCGAUCGAAUGAAGAAUUGUGAGAAACACAAGCGGAAACAAGUGCAGGAACACGUAUGUCAAGUGCUGAAGGUGCAAUUAGCGGAGCAUGAAGAAGUUCGACAAAAGGAGCUCGAAGAGAAGCGUCUAGACACCAUCAAUGCGGACAAACUGAUUGAAGAACUGCGCCUGGAGGAGUUCGACCAGAAGCACAGGCAAUUGGACAAGGGAAUGCAGAAAUAUCGCAAUGAAUUACUUGAGGAAAUUCGACGCCGCAAAUGCGCAAAGAUCGCUGAAUGGGAAGCCGAUAAAGCAGAGCACGAGCAGUUCAUACGCGAAACGCAACGUCUCGAGGCAGAGGCCAAAGAGCGCAUCUGGCAAACCAAGCGUGAAUUGGGACGUGCCACACACGAGUACAUUGCCUAUGUGCGACGCAUGCGCAGCCUUGAGCUGGGCAUUGAGAAGAUGAUGGACGAUCGCACCGAUGAUCUCUACCAUAUGGACUAUUGCUGCAAGAAAAAUGUGGCCGAGCAGACGCGCCUUAAGCGCGAGGAAGCUGCGCGCUGUCAUGCGUAUCUUAAGAAGCAGAUCUGCGAGGAAAUUGAGCGGAAAAUGCGCCAGGAAGCUGAAUAUCAUGAGGACAAAAUGCCCCAAAAUCCUUUCGUCCAUCCGCCAGUUACCAAGACUAUGAUACUUUGCCAAAAGCGACAGAGAUGUUUGGAUUUAAACGCUCAAAUUGUCGAGAUGAAACGCAUCCAGGCUGAGGAGGAGCAGGCCUUCGAGAAAAAACUAUUAAAAGCUAUCGACGAUCCACAGGUGUGCAUUCAGUUAGCUGCUCAAUUUAUGGAGGAUAACAAGGACUAUCUGCCGGCGCAUCCUAAUUGGAAAAUACACGCCUGCCCCAAAGACAAAUACGUCGCCAAGCAGCCCAUGACUCAGCAGGCCUUCGAUGAACGUAUUGCCAAGGCCGGCAUAGACAGCUGUCCGUUCCCAAAGGCUGCUCGCAACGAUUGCGCUUUAAUGGCUCAGGUGUGUGACCAUGCAUCACCGGCCAAGAAAGACGAAACGGGAGCAGGAGACAGCGAGCCAAAGACUCAAAAAGAUGCAUUCAACAGCUGCAAAUGUGACAUCUGA